UUCGACAUUCGCUUGUGGAGACACCCCAAACAGCAGACAUCUGUCUGCGUCCUUUCGUUGAAUCACCCCAGGACACUCUUUACUGGGUUACGGCUUUCCUGCCUCCACCAUUCGUCACUCCUUCGACAUGGUGUCCAAUCUUUUCACCAUCGCCACGGCUGUUGCCGGUUUCGCUCCUUUUGUGUCUGCCUUCGAUGCCCAGGCAAAAUCCAACCUUGCCAUCUACUAUGGCCAAGGAUAUGCCCAGCAACGAUUGAGCCAUUUCUGCCAGGAAACCUCGUUGGAUAUUAUCAAUAUUGGGUUCAUCGAUGUGUUCCCGGAUCAGGGCAAGGGCGGAUGGCCGGGUAGCAACUUUGGAAACCAAUGUGAUGGACUAACUUACCAGGUUGACGGCGUUUCGACACAGCUGCUCUCCGGCUGCCACCAGCUGGUAGAAGAUAUCCCCAUCUGCCAGGCGGCAGGAAAGAAAGUCUUCCUGUCUCUUGGUGGUGCCUCUCCCGACGACUACAAGAUCCUCUCAGAGGACUCUGCUACUUCUUUUGCUGACUUUCUCUGGGGCGCUUUUGGUCCGAAAACGGAUUCAUGGACGCUGAACAAUGGGCCCCGUCCGUUCGGGGAUGUGGUUGUUGAUGGAUUUGAUUUCGAUAUUGAGCACAAUGGUGGUUUUGGUUAUGCGACCAUGGUUGAUCGGUUCAGACAGCUCUUCGCCCUUGUCCCCGAGCGUACCUUUUAUAUUUCCGCUGCCCCUCAAUGCCAGAUUCCCGAUGCACAGCUCAGUGAUGCAAUUGCCACAUCUGCAUUUGACUUCAUUUGGGUGCAGUUCUACAAUACCGCUGGCUGCGCCGCCAGUGACUUCGUUGAUGGUGUUAGCACCGGCUUCAACUUCGAUAGGUGGGUGAAUGUCAUCAGACAAGGGGGUAACCCAGAUGCGAAGCUCUAUGUGGGAUUGCCUGCCAGUACGAGUGCUGCGGGAGCAAGCUUCUACCUCACCCCAGAGGAAGUAUAUCCCCUAGUGGAUACGUAUAUGGGUCUCUACCCGGACACUUUUGGGGGUAUCAUGCUUUGGGAAGCAACUGCCUCGGACGAGAACCGGUUUGGUAAUGGGACCUUCGCCGACAAGAUGAAGGACAUUCUCCUUGAACUUGAUCCCACGCCAGAGCCUACCCCUUCACCGUCCAGCAGUGUUGUUGCGUCGAGCACUCCUGUCGCCACGAGCACUCCUACAACCACGAGCACCCCUACGGCUACAAACACCCCUUCAGCAUCAAGCACUUCUUUAGCCACGAGCACUCCUUCGGCUUCAAGCAGCUCGGGGCUAUCGAGCACUCCCGAAUCGAGCAGCGCGUCUGCAUCAAGUAGCCCUGUGGCCUCCAGUUCUGUUGUUGUUACCAGUUCUGUUGUUGCACCCACCUCCGUUGUCGCACCUACCUCUACUGUGACUUCCGGCUCUGCUGUCGCUUCCAGCUCCGUCACUUCUAGCUCUGUUGCAUCCAGCUCUGUUGUCACAUCCAGUUCUGUUGUUACGUCCAGUCCUGUCGCUUCCAGCUCCGUGACUUCCAGCUCCGUCAUUGCUUCCAGCUCUGCUGUGUCUUCCAGCUCUGUGGUUUCCAGCUCUGUGGUUUCCAGCUCUGUUGUCGCAUCCAGUUCCGUUGUUGCACCUACCUCUGUUGUUACGUCCAGUCCUGUCGCAUCCAGCUCUGUUGUCGCAUUCAGCUCUGUGACUUCCAGCUCCGCCAUUGCUUCCAGCUCUGUGGUUUCCAGCCCUGCUGUCGCACCCAGCUUUAUUGUGACUUCAAGUACCCUUGUUGCAUCGAGCACCCUGAAGACGUCGAGCAGCCCCAUUGCCUCGAGCUCGCCCGUGGUGUCGAGCUCCUCUGUUGCACCAAUCUCUCCUGUGGUGUCAGGCACUCUAACGCUGUCAAUCAGCCCAUCUGUGUCAAGUACCCCUAUUAUUCCAAGCUCGGCCGCAACGUCGAGCUCUGCUGUGGCAUUGACCUCUCCCGCAUCAAGCGCUCCUGUCCUGUCAGGCUCCACUGUGACGUUAAGCACUCCAGUGGCUUCAAGUUCAGCGUUGUCCAGUAGUCUCUCAGCAUCAAGCACUCCUGUAAAAUCGGGUAGUUCAGUCGUACCAGGCUCUUCCACUCCUUCAAGCAGCCCUGUUCGUUCGACACCACCUGUUGCCACGGGGAAGUCAUCCAGCGCUCCCGUCAUCUCGAAAUCCUCUUCCACAGUGGUUGCAACUCUCACCACCUCUUCUGGGUCACUGACCUCCUCCGGGAUCGUUGGGGUUUCUGCAACUUCGUCGUCCACCCUGGCACAGUUGUCUAGCACGCUGUCGCUGUCGAGCUCAUCCGUGGCCUCUGGUGAACCAGCCCCAUCUGGUUCCGCUGUCGGCAGCAGCACAGCUUCUGCAUCCAGUGCCCCUGGGAACACAACCUACUCGAUCUCGACCACCCAGACUAUUGUUGCGACUCAGUCAAGUUCGUCGGUUCUCUCAGGACAGCCUAUUUCCUCGAUCUCAGGAACAACAACUCUGCCAGUGACUUCUUCCCCAAGCGAGCCAACCAAUCCCACCGCAGCAAGCUCGAUCACAACGGGGAGCGCAGAUGCUUCAUCGAGUUCCUCCAUCGCUUCCGGUGAAUCGACGUCUUCCGAACUGGUUGCACCGGUGACCUCGUCCAGCACGUCAUAUGUGUCAACCUCAUCGAGCCCAGUCGUUACCACCGGUCUGCCGAUUUCUUCUGGUAUUUCGUCCUCGUCUGUUAACCCGUCGCCGUCAAGCUCGGGUACCGAGUCUACUGGCUCAGCAUCAGGUCAGGCAGGAGCAUUAACUACUCACAAGCCGUCGGGUGGCUCGGAGACAUCCAGCACUCCAAACUCCUCCGGUGCUACUUCCAAGGGAUCGGGUGCUCAAGAGAGCUCCAGUGCCACAGAUCAUGCAAGCACUCUUUCCCCAUCGUACACGGCGCUUCCUGUUGGCACAUCAUCAGGUCAAACAGACAGCCCGACGACAUCCCCAACGAGUGUCCCAGGGGGCAACGGAAGCGGAGCCGCUCCAAUCACUUCCAGCAUUACGUCGGGGCAUGGGGCACUGCCAGUCGCAUCUAGUGGAUCGGUCUCAGAGCCCGUCUCCACCACCACGGUCAUCGUGACUUCUUACAUUGACAUUUGCCCAGAAGGCUUCACCACGAUCACUACGAGCUAUACCUCAACCUACUGGCCAGCAACAGUCUCCGCAACUGCCACCGUCACCAAGCCUCCUGGAAUCCCAGCGCAGGCCACUAUCCCCAGUGUUCCCGAGGGCUGGACCACGACCGUUACGGUCUGCACACACUGCGCUCCAACUCCGACCACCGUGACUCUUACUCUGCCAGCCACCAUUUCGUCGUCUGGACUAGCAUCGUCGGCCAAGGCGCCCAGUACUGGUGAAGGCUGGACUACGACGGUCAGUGUCUGCACCGACUGUGGUCCUACACCGACCACUGUAACUCUGACCUUGCCGGCCACCAACCUGCCAUCGGGGCUGGCGUCUUCUACCCAGGCGCCUCAUUCUGGUGAAGGUUGGACUACGACGGUUAGUGUCUGCACCGACUGCGGCCCUAUGCCUACUACCGUAACUGUCACGAUCCCUGUCGGUUCUGCCACAGGCAUUGAAACCCCCUCGGUCAAGCCUUCCGGCGUCCAGCUUACUGGUGAGAGCUCACCAGGUCAAACUGCCCCUCCCGCCCUCGUAUCGACAGCCGUCACCACCUCCACGGCUGUUGUGCCCCCAAGCCACUCGUCUUCCAGCCGGCCCGUGAUCCUUGGAACCGGCGGUGUCCGUGCCUCGUCGACCUUGCAUAUCCAACCGUCCCAGAGCGGGUCCCGAGUGCCCACAGCUCCCAGUGGUAUGCCCGAAGGCGUAUCGCCGGUGUUUACUGGGGCCGCUUCGCGGGGGUCCGAACUGCGCCACGGAGCCGGUGCUAUGACUGCAUUUGCGCUAUUCCUGUUGGCUACGAUGUAACCGACAUCUUUGCACCCAGGCUUACGAUAUACUUUGCACGAGAACCAACAAAGUUUGGAUGAAAACCUUAGGGGAUCUGGUGGAUGUAAUGCUUUAUCUGAAGGACGACAUUCCCUGCUCACGCAUGUAUCUAGUUCUAUUCUGUCAGCGCCAGCUGUACUCUUCAUGACCCACUGUAUUAGUUAAUUAAUGUCCUUCGUUCCACCCAG